ACUCGUCUAUCUUAAGCUUGAAGUGCUGAGAUUUUAGUUCUGGAAGCAGCCUCUGAUAUACGACUGAACACAGGGCGGUCGCAUCCUCAGGUAAUCCCGAUAUUCUCCAUCUUUUGGCGGCGGUUUCGUUCCUUCCUUCAUUUUCGAAAACUAUACAGGUAAUUAUCCUCUCUGCUUCUUUCUGCUUUAGUUUCUGAGUGAGACUGAGUGUGAGUCUCUCAUUUUCAAUCGGAGGGAGAUAGAGCCAUGGUCUUCAUUGUGCCGCCCAGCCACAAAACUCUAUCCCUAGAUGUUGACCCAAAGACGACCUCUCUCCAUGCCUUAAAGCUUGCUGUCCAGCAAAUUUCCGACACACCCAUAUCCCACCAACGUUUAUUCCUUUCUCAGAGUCUCCGAUUGCUCGGCGAUUAUGAUUCCGUUCUUAUCUCCGAUCUCGGAAUUCGACCUUACUCCACUUUAACUCUUCACGUUCCCUUCCUUGGUGGAACUCAACCUCCUGUCCCUCCCAAACCUCGAUUUGAUUUCCUUAACUCCAAGCCUCCCCCUAAUUAUGUUGCUGGUCUUGGACGUGGGGCCACUGGAUUCACCACCCGUUCUGACAUAGGGCCUGCCCGUGCCGCUCCUGACCUACCGGAUAGGUCGGCGAGCACCAUUGGCGGUGCUGCCCCUGCAGCUGGCCGGGGAGGAGGGAGGGGAGGUGAAGACGAGGAAGAUGAUGAAGGGGAUGAUAAAGGGUACGAUGAGAAUCAAAAGUUUGAUGAGUUUGAAGGGAAUGAUGUGGGGUUGUUUGCUUCUGCCGAGUACGAUGAGGAUGAUAAGGAGGCCGAUGCUGUGUGGGAAGCCAUUGACAAGAGAAUGGAUUCAAGGAGGAAGGAUAGGAGAGAAGCAAGGUUGAAGCAGGAGAUUGAGAAGUAUCGGGCGUCCAACCCCAAGAUCACUGAGCAGUUUGCGGAUUUGAAACGUAAAUUGUAUACCAUUUCUGCACAAGAGUGGGAUAGUAUACCGGAGAUUGGGGAUUAUUCUUUGAGGAAUAAGAAGAAGAAAUUUGAGAGUUUUGUUCCGGUGCCUGAUACGCUUCUUGAGAAGGCAAGACAGGAGCAAGAACAUGUUACAGCAUUGGAUCCCAAGAGUAGAGCAGCUGGGGGAACCGAAACUCCAUGGGCGCAAACACCAGUUACAGAUUUAACUGCAGUUGGUGAGGGUAGAGGCACUGUGUUGUCUUUGAAGCUGGAUAGACUCUCAGAUUCAGUUUCAGGGUUGACAGUUGUGGAUCCGAAGGGGUAUCUGACUGAUCUUAAGAGUAUGAAAAUAACAAGUGAUGCAGAAAUUUCAGAUAUCAAGAAGGCUAGGUUGCUACUUAAGAGUGUUACCCAGACAAAUCCUAAACACCCUCCUGGUUGGAUUGCGGCUGCAAGGUUGGAAGAAGUAGCUGGCAAGAUUCAGGCAGCAAGGCAGUUGAUUCAGAGAGGUUGUGAGGAGUGUCCCAAGAAUGAAGAUGUGUGGUUGGAGGCUUGUAGGCUGGCAAAUCCGGAAGAUGCCAAGGCUGUUAUUGCUAAGGGUGUCAAAUCGAUCCCUAAUUCUGUGAAGCUGUGGAUGCAAGCUGCAAAGUUGGAACAUGAUGAUGUGAACAAGAGUAGGGCAUUGAGGAAGGGGUUAGAGCACAUUCCUGAUUCUGUUAGGCUGUGGAAGGCGGUUGUGGAGCUUGCUAAUGAAGAAGAUGCAAGGCUCUUGCUUCACAGAGCUGUGGAAUGUUGUCCAUUGCAUGUUGAAUUGUGGCUAGCACUUGCAAGGUUGGAAACUUAUGAUAAUGCUAGGAAGGUUCUUAAUAGGGCAAGAGAGAGGUUACCAAAGGAGCCAGCCAUAUGGAUAACAGCUGCAAAGUUAGAAGAAGCAAAUGGCAAUACUUCCAUGGUUGGUAAAAUUAUUGAAAGAGGUAUAAGGGCUUUGCAAAGAGAAGGUUUGACUAUAGAUAGGGAAGCUUGGAUGAAGGAAGCUGAGGCUGCAGAACGUGCAGGAUCAGUUGCAACUUGCCAGGCUAUAAUUCGAAAUACAAUUGCAAUUGGAGUGGAAGAAGAAGAUAGAAAGAGGACAUGGGUUGCUGAUGCAGAAGAGUGCAAGAAAAGGGGUUCUAUUGAGACAGCAAGAGCUAUAUAUGCUCAUGCCCUUACUGUCUUCUUAACUAAGAAGAGCAUAUGGCUCAAAGCAGCUCAGCUUGAAAAAAGUCACGGAACUAGGGAAUCUCUUGAUGCUUUACUUCGUAAAGCAGUUACAUACAGACCACAGGCUGAAGUUCUUUGGCUUAUGGGUGCGAAAGAGAAAUGGCUUGCUGGGGAUGUGCCUGCGGCUCGUGCAAUCCUCCAAGAAGCUUAUGCUGCCAUUCCCAAUUCUGAGGAAAUAUGGUUAGCUGCUUUCAAGCUGGAAUUUGAAAACCAUGAACCUGAGAGAGCUAGAAUGCUGUUGGCCAAAGCUCGUGAGAGAGGAGGUACAGAAAGAGUAUGGAUGAAAUCCGCAAUUGUUGAGAGAGAACUGGGAAAUAUUGAUGAGGAAAGAAGGUUGUUAGAUGAAGGGCUAAAUCUUUUCCCUUCAUUCUUCAAGUUGUGGCUGAUGCUUGGUCAGCUUGAGGAACGACUUGCUCAGGCUUCUAAACAGCAUGAAAAGCAUGAGGAACAUCUUGAGCACUUGAAGGAAGCUAAGAAAAUUUAUGAGUCUGGACUGAAAAACUGUCCUAAUUGUAUUCCUCUAUGGCUCUCUCUUGCAAAACUUGAAGAGGAGAUGAAUGGACUGAGUAAAGCUCGUGCAGUUCUAACCAUGGCUCGGAAGAAAAAUCCUCAAAACCCUGAACUCUGGCUGGCUGCUGUUAGAGCAGAAUUGAAGCAUGGAAAUAAGAAGGAAGCUGAUAUUUUGAUGGCAAAAGCACUGCAAGAGUGUCCAAACAGUGGUAUUUUGUGGGCAAUGUCAAUUGAGAUGGUUCCUCGCCCCCAACGUAAAAGUAAGAGUAUGGAUGCCCUCAAAAAAUGUGAUCAUGAUCCUCAUGUCAUCGCUGCUGUGGCAAAAUUAUUCUGGCAUGACAGGAAGGUGGACAAAGCUAGAACUUGGCUGAACAGGGCUGUGACUCUGGCACCUGAUAUUGGGGAUUUCUGGGCAUGGAACUAUAAAUUUGAACUUCAACAUGGAGCUGAGGAGAACCAGAAGGAAGUAUUGAAAAGGUGUGUUGCUGCUGAACCAAAACAUGGUGAGAAAUGGCAGUCCAUCUCGAAAGCAGUGGAGAACUCUCACCAUCCAACAGAAGCCAUUUUGAAGAAAGUUGUGGUUUUGCUUGGGAAGGAAGAGAAUGCGGCUGAGAAUGAAGCUACCGCAGCACUGACCAAAAGGUAUGCUGAUGGUUCAUUACCUAUAGAAGACUUCAACGUAGAAGUUGAAGAUCAAAGCGGACAAAAGUGCAGUGAGGUUCUUAGACUGAUCAGAGUAAUGAUGGGACUGAUGCUUCAUGCAAAUGGAAAUCUUCUUAUUAGACAGAAAAACUACAAUGAUGCUUUAGUUGUGCUCUCUGUGGGUGAGCUAUCAGAGGCUCGAAAGCGUCUAGAAAUGGCUAGAAUUGAGAUUGAUCAUGCUCACAUAAAGGAUUUCCAAUGCCUUCGACUUCUACAGGGAGGUUUCUAUCUUGAACUUGCAUUGUGAGUAGUUUUUGUACUUUGAUGAUCUCAUCAUUGGGUUGAUUUGUUUUGCCAUAAUGUAAUGAUGGAAAAUGUGAAGACAAGUGGGACAGAUUGGGAAUCUUCGAAAUAAGGUAGAUUGCAUGAAUCUAAUUUCUUCAUUGGCCAUUGAUGUUUCAAUUA